GAGGUGAUGAUUAAUGUCGGAGAUGUUGGAAAGGAUUACGAACAUGGAGUUCAGCUGCUGAAGAAACUCAGCGAGUUCAGGGGAACUGGAGAUGGGGACGUGACAGUAGACGACGCUCACAUCACAGCCAUCAACAGACUGGCAGACAGACUGGAGAAGAGACAGAGUGCAGGAGAACUGGUUACUGUUAGACAGAGGAGAAAGCAGCUCAACGACAGGUGGAGCAAGUUUCACGGAGAUCUAAGCAAUUACAAGAAGAAGCUUGAAGGGGCGCUGGCGGUCCACGCUCUGAUCCGAGAGCUCGAGGAGGUUCGAGACAGAGCCAAUGAGAAG